GCAACAAGAAGCUUGAUGUGGCAUUCAAACUCUCUAGGCACUCUCGACUUGCUUAGCUGGUGGAGGAAAGUUCUUUGGGUCAUUUAUUACAGGAACAGUAACAUCGUUGCAACCAUGGCUGAUCACGACGACGACGAUCCUGUUAUCGAUGAGAUUGAUGUUUACUUAUCCAAAAGUUUGGCAGAUAAUUUAUAUUUAAUGCAGUAUCCACUAAGACCUUUAAAUAGGGGUUAUGGUAAUUUUGACCAUUUAUCUGCCAGAAUCAAACCACAGCAAAAAAGGAUUGAGAUGUCAUUGGGUCUGGAUACAUAUAGUAAAAACUAUUCUAGAAGUAAAGGAGAGCAAAUAGCUGUCAAUGUUGAUGGUAAUGCUCAUACUUCUUCAGAUCGCUUCUUUUCAAGCUCAAAGAUGGAUAAAAUCAUACUCUCUUGCCCUCCCUAUGUAAAGACUUUUUCUAAUUGUCAGUAUGCUGCUGGUCUUUUGAAAGAUGGUGAGCUUCACUUGACUCCAGUUAGUGCUGUAGUGCAAAUGCGACCAAGUUUUGAUUAUUUAGAUAAGGCAGAUACUAGACAUCGCUCAGAAUCAAGUGUAGCUACUACAGAUGGAGGUGAAUCUUCCCAAGAUGAAGCAGAGGAAGAGGCAACUCCUGUCAACAUGAAAGUGGCUAGAGGUGAAAGUGAAGAGUUUCGUGCUCGGCGUAUGGCUAGUUAUGAAUACAUCAAUCAAAAAAGAGAAGAAGAACGUUGGAUACCUAUCAUAUAUCACACAUCUGAAUCUAUACUUAGUGAAACAGAGAGACAGCAGUUGCUAGCAUCAGAUGGACCUCGUGUACCCCAAUUUAAAAUCUCCACUCAAGAGUAUCUGCAAGCCUUGAUCCCCCCAUCGGAUGAAGAUAUAAGUGAAAAGCCUGCAAUGCCUGACAAUGUACUAUCACUGAAUGAGCUGCGUAAACUUGAUCUGGCUGACCAGAUAAAAGCUUUACUAAUUAAUGUAAAGGUAAUCAGGUUCAAUCAACUGAUCAGUUUCCUUGCUCGGGGUACUGACCAGCAAGCAGUGCUGAGAACACUACAAAGUAUGGCUGUUUUGGUUCAAGGAUGUUGGGUUGUGAAAAGUGAAUUAUUGUAUCCUGAUGAAGAGAAGGAGGAACUUGCCAGGAAGCGCAAGUCUCAUAAUGCUGUGAAUCCUGAACUGUUGCGAAGAGUUAGAGAUUAUGCUAUGUGGAAGUUCACUCAUAAUAAAUAUGUGGUGAGAAAAGAUAUUUCCUCCAUUGUUCAAUUGCGUUCUGAUGAAGUCAAAGAAAUCCUAGAAAAAAUGUCCCGUUUAAAAGCAAAGAGUGGCUGGGAAUUCCUAUAUGAUUAUGACAGAGAUUUCUGUGAAAGGCAUCCUGAAAUUGUUCAGCGACAAAGAAACAAGUGGGCAUUAACUUUUCAUACACUGGCUCAGCACUUUAAGAUGCCAAAGGAUGGGGAUAAGAAAGCUUUAGAGUUGGAGAUGGCUUUAAUGAACCAGCAGCCAACAGAUAAGCACAGAACACGUCGACUGUCUAGUCGCUCUCCACGAAAACGAACACUCAGUGGUCGUUCACUUUCUGACCUGAGUGACAUGGAGGUGGACAACCAAGGAGAUAAAAGCUACCACCAUUAUGAAAAGCAUAAAACCUCUGACAACUCAUCUCUGAAAAAUAUUACAGACACUUUGUCUUGCAAUGGCGGAGUACAUUCCCAAAAACAUGUUCAGAAUGGCUUUAGCCCUUCUCACUGUGAUAAGUUUCCAUCUCAAAUGGAGGUAGAUGGGGUGACCGGUAAAGACAAUUCCAGGCUGAUGCAGGAGCUGGAGAAGUUUGUUAAAGAGGCCUUGGCUGAGAGUGCAACACUGUGCAUGUCAGACUUAAGAAGCAAGUUGUCUAUGUACACAGCACGUGUGGCAUCAGCUCAUGUCUUUAGUGCUGGAGUGUCAGACAGUAUGUUUGAAGAGGCUGUAACAUCUGUAGGUGGAUUUAGACUUAAAAAUAUGUGGCCACCUAAUAGAAAACCAGAGCCAAUGUAUGCAAUGUACUCAGGAAAUGAUGCAACAAAUCAUUUGAAAAGAAUUUUAUUUAGCAUGUUUGAAGAAUAUUCAAAGAUUCGAAGUGUACAGUUUAAAACAAAAGCUAAAGAAUCGGGUAUUGACCUGUCUGAUGCAGAUGUGCGCAGAUUCCUUAAAGAACAUUGUGAUUCAAUAUCAUCUUUGUGGUACCUGAAACGAACUUUGCCCACCAAUUCUUGAUAGUGUUUGGAUCAAGUUUAGAAUGGUUUAGAAGUGUGUGCAUGUUUUCCAAAAUAACCACCAAGUGUGUGGGUGUAAAUGUGUGUGAAAGUUUUGUUAUUUUUUUUCCUUUGCAUUAAGUUAUUGAGUUGUGUACUUGUACAUUAAACAAAUGUUUCUAGUUAA